AUGGCGACGCCGCCGUUCAACUUGCACGACUACAACGCCGACGAGAUGCCACGGUUCGCGCAGGGCGUGCAGGUGAACGUGGCGGUGUUCGGGCCGGCCUCCACCGUGGCCGUCACCCGGCUGAUGCUCCAGAUUGACUUGCUGGAUGGCGAGUUCGACGACACGCUUGCCUGGAAGCUGCUGCACCACCUGCACAGGAAGCGAGGCUCGCUCGACGCCUUCAAGGUGCACAUGCAGCUGCCGCAGUACAGCGAUCUACCCUCCGCGCUGUGGUUCGAGUCGCUCGCCACGCAGCUGCGCGAGGCCGGGGUCGAGCCCCUCAUCGACGGCCGCUCCCUCAACGCUGACAAGGUGCGGCGCAGCCUCAAGACUGCGCCCGCGCGUCUUCGUCUGUGA